ACACUUGCCGAAUAGAAAAAGCAAAUUGGAGAGAGCAUUGCGAAAGAAACUGCAAUGAUGACGAUUCUCAUAGUCCUGUUCGUCCUUGGGUUCGUUGCAGGAGCGCAACAAACUGAUGGUAAUCCUCAUUCAGCCGCGUACGAUGUCACGUGGUCACCGCGCGGCCCUUCGUCGACAAUCCCACCUCUUCAUCCGUCGGACGGCGUGUUCCCGACACAGUGGUGCAACCCCCGCCCACAGCACCUCAAGGCCGACAAAGGGAUCCUCUUUCUCAGGCGCAACCUGUUCGACGGCGCGGUGCUGCCCGCAGGCACCAAGCUCGGGCACGCCAGGAGGGCAGGCACCGCCAGCACGGUCACCGGCACCAACCUCGCGCCGCCGCCGUUCGACUACGGCAGCCUCCGAAACAUACUGACCUACUACAAUAUUGCGCCGGGCUCGGAGCAGGCCCGGCAGGUGGCCAGCACGCUCCGGUUCUGCGGCCGCAGCGAGGCACGAGGCGGCGACCAGCCGGAAAAACCCCACCUCUGCGCCACCACCGAGCGAGCGGCCAUGGAGUUCGCCGCGGCGGCCCUGGGAGCAGCGACGGCGGAGCCGCUCAGGACGGUCGUGCACGGGCGCGAGGAGCCCCACAGGUACGUGGUGGCGCCCGGCGGCGUCGCCAGCAUUGCCGGCGCGGUCGUGCCGUGCCACCCGCUGCCGUACCCGGCGGACGUGCUGUACUGCCACCGGCCAAGCAACGUGGGCGCGGUGCGCGUGGAGCUGGUCGGGCAGGACGACCCUACGCUGGGCGCGACGGCGAUCGCCGUCUGCCACGAGGACACCUCCGGCUGGGACGCCGAGUACUUCGCGACGCUCAACGGGUCCCGCGGCGAGCCGAUCUGCCACUACAUGCCAGAGAAGUAUGUGGUGUGGGUGGGUGGUGAAAUCCACUAGAUUAUGAUCGGUGAAGUAUGAAUCUCGAGCUAAGAGGGAUGACGUAUCAAUCUCCACCGUAAUAUGAUCCGACCAAGCUUAAACUAAUGGUCACUACAUCUUUUAUACUGUAUAAGAACUGCAUGCACGAAUUUGGAGAAAUAUACGUGGAGUUCUGAACAA